UAGAAAUGUAAUCAUAAGUAUAUCUCAAAAACAUACGGUAUUGUAUUGGCACAAGCUGACCAAUGAUAUAUUUUUCUUAGAAAAAGUCUUUAAAAUUAUUUUAGCUCAUAUUGUGUACUAUGCAUCCUCAACAAAGAAAAUUUUGAAAUAUUACCGGUUCAAAGAAUCUUGUUUAAGUUACAAUCAUCAUUAAAAUUAAUUAAAUAAAAAGACACUCAGUUGAUAAGAAUAUUGAAAAUCAGAAAAAUAAAAAAAACUGUGAAUCCAAUCAAUAAGUGCAUCGUCAGCUAAAUAGAAAGUGUUGUUACACAUCGGAAAGUUUUUUUCUGGUUCGGUUGAAGUGGGAGACCAAGGAACAUUCUAAAUAACUUGGUGAUAUAUUUUAGUAUCCUCUAGUCACUCUGCUUGCUUGUCAUUAUAAACUACUUGUUAAUACUGAUAUUUCAGAAGUUACUUUAGGAAACACCAAAACCAAGAUGAAAACUAAAAACUAUUGUUUAUUAAUGGUUUAUAUCGGAGUAACAACUGCGUUAUCACGAAAGCAACAGCAUAUAGAACUUGGUCUUCGAAGAACAGCCUCGCCGGGGUUAAAAGAAGACGUGGUCAUUUCGCCCUAUGAGAAUGAUCAAACAAAUGAUGAUGAAAUACUAGAGGUACCAGCUCAAUGUUUAGAACUUGAUGGAUAUUAUCCGGAUUCCAAACAAUGUGACAAAUACUAUGAUUGCAAGGAUGGAAAAUAUACUGAAAAGUUAUGCCCUGAUGGAUUAGUCUUCAACGAUUUCAGCCCACAACAUGAAAAGUGUGAUCUUCCGUUUGGAGUUGAUUGUUCUAAACGACCUAAUAGACAGACCCCACAACCGUCACAGCACUGUCCACGAAUGCAUGGUUACUUUGCUCAUGAAAAUGCUCGUAUUUGUGAUACAUUCUAUUACUGCGUUGAAGGAAAAUUCAAUAUGAUCACAUGUCCAGAUGGCCUUGUAUUUUCGGAAAAAUCAGGAAUUUGCAAUUGGCCUGAUGAAGCUCAAAAGCAUGGGUGUGGCUCACGUGAAUUAUUUAAUUUUACUUGUCCUCAAGUCGAUACAGCCAUUGCUGCAACACAUCCUCGAUAUCCUGAUUUAGAAGAUUGUCAAUUUUUCUACGUAUGUAUUAAUGGAGAGACUCCUCGACGAAGUGGAUGCAAAUUGGGUCAGGCGUUCGAUGAACGCACAAAAAAGUGUGAUUGGGCUAGAAACGUCCCUGAAUGCAAAGACUGGUACAAGGACCAACUAACUGACGAGGAGUUAUAUGCUCUUGAAAAUCCGACGUCAAGAUUGAAAAUGAACAACUCCCAAUCCAAGAGAAGGGGUAGCAGACCUUAAAGAAUUCAAUAGCAACAUAAAUGACUAACGCCUUACUAAUAGACACGAUAAUUAUGUAUUAACUCCUUUACUGAAGCUGUAUUAGUUAAUGCAA